AUGGGCAAAAGUCAUUCAAAAUCAACAUUUUCACAAUGGGAUUUAGAUCGAUUUAGUAAUGUUACUGGUAUUCCACGUGCUAGAGUUGAACAACUUUAUCAAGAAUUUGUUGCUUCAACUGGCAAAGAUAAUCAAAUGGACAAGAAAGAAUUUCGUCGUUUAUACAGAGAAUUAUAUCUCAGUGCAAAAACAGGUUCAGAUAUUCCAGCAGUUAUCACCGAACAUGAUUUAGAAAAACUUGCCGAUCGUGUAUUUAAAGCAUUUGAUAGCGAUGGAACAGGCAAACUAUCAUUUGAACAAUUUGUUAAUGCAUAUCUAUUACUCGAUCGUCGUGAUGAACCAAACACAGCUAUAACAGCUCGUGAUCGAUUCAGUUAUGUUUUAGAUCAUCAUAAUCCAACACCAGGUUUCAUUACACGAGAACAUGGUGAACAAGUAUUGGAUCAUCUUAAUCGAUAUUAUACCGUGGAUGAUGUAUCGAAACCAGUUACAACUACAUGGGAACAACAUUGGUCGCGACUUGAUGAUGGCAGUGGCCGUGUUCCACAAGAGAAAUUUGUUGAAUAUGUUACAACAUCCGAUGAUUAUAAAAAUAACUUAAAUCGUGCUUUACUUUAA